GAGAGAGAGAGAGAGAGAGAGGUGGAUCGGCGCGAAAACCUGAUAAGGAAAACCUAGAGGUUUCGGUCGGCGGAGAGGGAGUUGGCGGAGGGAGGAUAGAUGGAGCGGCUGAGGGCGGGGAGCCCGGUGUAUACGCGUCAGAAGAGCAUAUCGAGCUCCACGGGGGUGCCGUCGUCGCCGACGACCAUGUCCCCAGCCCACCCCCUCCACCACCACCAGAACCGCCACCUCCGCUCCGGGUCGGCCGGCGUCGGCACAUUCCGCCGCGCCCAGAACACCGCCGCCCGCGCAGCCGCCCAGCGCCUCGCCCGCGUCAUGGCCCACCAGCACGCCGACGACGAUGAUGACAACGAAGACGACGACGAACUUUCCUCCGGUCCCCCAAUCGACCUGCUCUCCACGCCGCGCCGCUCUGCUCGCUCUCCAUCGCCCGCGAUAAAUCGCUACCUUGCUGAGCAAACACCUGUUCGUCCAACAUCUACCGGUCGAUCAUCUGUGGCUGCAAAGCCAGCUACAAUGAUACCACCAAUUAAAUCAUCGUCAAAACCACUUGGCACCACAGCGCCAUCAGACCCUCUUAUCAGCAGUCAAAGAACAGAGACUCCCAAACAACUCGUUGCUACAGCACCAUCAGACCCUCUCAUUAGCAGUCAAAGAUCAGAGACUCCCGUUUCCAGCCGAAGAGAGAAAAUGAUGUCUGUUGACUUGGGUAAUUUGACUGUGAGAGAACCCAGCAAUGCACGAUUAUCUUCUGCUCUUCAAGAUGAGAUUGAUGUACUACAAGAAGAGAAUGAAAAUAUUCGGGAAAAGCUUCGGCUUGCAGAAGAAAAAUAUGAAGAAGCAGAAGCAAGAGCUAGACAACUUGAGAAACAGGUAGCUUCUCUUGGUGAUGGUGUGUCAACAGAAGCUCAUCUCUUGAGCAGGAAAGAGGCAGCCUUGCAACAAAGAGAGGCUGCUCUGAAAGCUGCUGCACAAACUAGCUAUGCUAAAAGAGAGAUUUCAUCUUUAAGAGAGGAAGCAAAGAUUGCUAGGGAUGAGGCAGCCUCAGUAUCUGAACAACUUCAGGAAGCAGAAACUGAAAUUAGAUCUCUUAGAACAAUGGCACAGAAAAUGAUAUUGUCGCAAGAACAAAUGGAGGAAGUUGUCCUUAAGCGGUGUUGGCUUGCUCGAUACUGGAAACUAUGCAUUUAUUAUGGCAUAUAUGCUGAUAUUGCUGAACCGAAGUAUGAAUUUUGGUCAUCCUUCUCUCCACUUCCACUUGAAGUUGUCUUAUCUGCUGGACAGAAGGCUAGGGAUGGGAACUCCUCAGAUAAAUCCGAUCUAGAAGAGAAAGAGAAGGUGUCAUGGAAUGCAAGCGAUCUAGCCGGAGAAGGAAAUAUUGACAGCAUGCUCGUGGUUGAAAAAGGCCUGCGUGAACUAAGUUCACUGAAGGUAGAGGAAGCUAUCCUUCUUUCAAUGGCUCAGCAUCGACGUGCAAGCACCAAAUCUGCUCCAUCACUUUCAGGGGAAGGUCAAAAUCCGGCAGAGGCAUUUGAACUGAGUCAGGAGGAAUCUGAAGAUGUGCUCUUUAAGCAGGCUUGGUUGGCAUAUUUCUGGAGAAGGGUAAAAGAUCAUGAUCUGGAAGAAGAUAUUGCAGAUGAAAGGCUACAAUUUUGGAUUGAGCAAAGCAAUCACUCUCCUACAUCACACGAUGCAGUAGAAGUUGAGCGUGGGCUUUUUGAGCUGAAGAAGUUGGGAAUUGAAUUGCAAUUGUGGGAAGCCUGUCAUCACAGAAGUGAAGCUCCUUCAGAUACUUGAGUUUGUUUAGUAAGAUCUUUCUCUCUGAAUGUUCUGCCAUAGCUUUGGACUUGAUCAAAUAUAAGUUAUAUUUGAUCGAUAAUUAUUAUUUCUUCUUCAGUUAUGACUGAAGAUUUUCCUUGUUGCACAAUUUAUUUCUUCCUAGGUAUAUUCUCAUUCAUCAAUGCCAGACACUUUGUUCUUGUCUCUCAACACAAUGUUUUGAACACCUGUUCCCUGUCAGUUUGGUCAUGGGAAUAAAAAAUUGGAAGUAUAUUUUCAGUAGCCACCAUCUCAGUUUUUUUU